CUUUUCAGUUAAACCAGGAUAUCCCCGUAGGCAAGGACUAAUCUCUCGAGCCGGGUCGGACCCCAUUUAGGGGGGAAGCUCUCCCAACGCUGGCUGCUCCAUUCACAAGGCUCGAACUCGAGACCUUACUUAAGGGGAACAAGCUCCUUAUCACUUGAACCACCAAGCGUUGGUAUCAAAUAACUGCUUUCAUUCAAACAAUUAACCAAUCUUUUGAAACAUAAGCCACGUUUGUCCUUAGGGUCUUAGCACUUGAGCGUUCCAUCACCCAUUCUGACUACUAAACCACUCUUUGUAAAACCAAAUGAGUGGAAAAUAAGGUCCUUCCUCCGGGGAUCCUAGCAGACACAUUGAACAACUAGUCCAUGAUUCCGCCACACCAUACUUUUUCAUGACCAAAAUGUCGAAACAAGACGGUCGGAGAAUCUCAAACAAUGCAAGCGAGCACUGAUCCUUACCCCCAUAAUAUCUCGAUAGCACAUAUGGAGGUUCUCUCCUAGCUUGGUGGACCUCCACAUUGCGAAACGACUCAUCAACCAUAUCCAAUGCCACAAAGGAAUUAUGGAAACAAAAACCCCAUCCUCGGCUAUCUCACUGUCUUGGCUUUGAACCCGGCCAGUGAAAAUCACCUGUAGCGCAAAGAUUAAAGAACACAAUAAAUGGAACACAAUGGCGAGCUGACGGGGCACCAAUUCCCCCUUCCAGCCGAGAUCAUAGUUGAGAUUCUUUCAAGGCGAUCAGUGAAGUCCUUAUGCCGCUUCAGGUGCGUAUCAAAGCCUUGGCGUUCUCUAAUCUCCAACACCAAGUUCAUUGCACUGCACGCCAAGAAAACCCUCGAGGAUAAAGAGGUAUUCCUUCGGAGACGAAGAGUCAUAUUUAAAGUGGCACUACAUUACCUUUACUCUUUGGACCUAGACCAGUUCCUCAAUCAUAACUAUAACGAUGAUGAUGACAAUGCACUGGUUCUUAAGAAUCGCCAUGUUCAUGCAGAUAAUAAUCAUGAUGGUUUGAUACCAGCCACCGAGCUCGAUUUUGUUUCUGCAGAAGGACGGAGACCCAUAUACUUCAUCUACUCCUGCAAUAACUUGUUGUUGUGCGAUAUGAGGCGUGGGUUUUAUUUGGUUAACCCUGCAACCAGGGAGAUGAAGAAAGUACCAAAGACACCAUCAUGGAGACCUGUGAGGCCCUUUUGCUUGAGCUUAUGUGGAUUUGGAUUUGAUUCCUCCACCAAUGAGUACAAGGUGGUUAACGGGCAGGUCUAUUCUGAUAUCAAUGUAAUCGUAUUUAGUGUCUAUACACUGAAAACUGAUUCUUGGCGAAAGAUCGAGUGCUUCUCUCCCUACCAUGCUUAUUGGUUUCAGGGGAUUUUUCUGAAUGGAGCUAUUCAUUGGUCGGCAACGACAGUUGGAGAUCGAUCCUCUUCGGUGAUUGUAUCUUUUCUAUUAGCAGAGGAGGAGGUUCGCGAAAUUCGACUCCCACCCAUCGGUGAUACUUGUUUAGCAAACCUGGGAGUGUUUAGAGAUUGCCUAUGUAUAACGCUCGCUGGUAUUGAUCAAACAUUCAAUGAGUUUUGGGUCAUGAAAGAAUAUGGGGUGGUGAGCGAGUCUUGGACUAGAAUGAGGGUCUCCAUGCCAUAUCACCAAUUGUCACAUUUUGGUUUCUCUACAAAAUCUCAUGAUUUGAUGGUGUGUGGAAGUUCAUUUGUUAUGUACAACUUCAAAGAAGAAAGUUUUAGGAACCUUCCAAUUCGUGAUACCACCUUAGGAGGUAAUGGCGUUGGGGUUUAUGUUGAGGGACUUUUUCCACUAAUCGAUCGAGAGCAGGACGAGAGCCGUAGAGUAGAUAAUCAAGUAUUGAUUAAGCUCAAGCAUGCAUAA